UGUAGCAGUUCCCGCUUGCGGAAGGCGGUGUGUGUCGGAGGCGAGGAAACGGGACUUUUCUUUACCCCUCCUUCUCCGAUUUGUGACCCAUCGUACACGGCAUUGUUCGGGCAGCUACCGAGGACGCGCACGGAGCGGCGCGCACGCCGGCAUGCGCUGCAGAUAGCCAGCGGCGGCCCGUCCUGUCUCUUGUCUGAACUUGGUGCGAGUUAACAUGGCAACCGAGCGGCUCGUGGGCGCCGCCGCGCGCGACUGACUCGGUCGGUGAGUGAGUCCGCGCUCGGGUGUUGGCCGCUCUGUCUCUGUUCCGCUUUGCGGAGAACACGCGCGUCGUCGUUGGGCGCAGUUUGAGAAGAAGCCGUUCGACGUCGGUUAUUAGUAUUUGGAUUGGAAGGAGUCGUUCGGCUGGGGUCCCAGGGAUUUUUUUUUUGGAUUAUGAGAACCACCUUUCACUGAACUUAAUAUGGAGCUUUACUGGUACAUAAUCGUCAUAAUAUUCAUCAUCAUAAAGAUCUUUUUCUACAUCUGCUGGUACCGGUCACGGCAGCGGCAGCUGGCAGCCUACCUGAGCAACCCCCGCAAUGCACAGAUCGUCAUCGUCGGGGGCAGGGCUUACCUGCACCAGAUGUGUGAGAGCCAGAACACGUCAAUCUGGCCUAGCUGGUACGGCAUCCAGGACGACAGCUCCGUUGGCGAGCCCUCGGCAUCCCUGCCGCCAGCGCCCUCAUACACUCAUCUGGACGUGCCUCCUCCAUAUGAAGCAGUCUCAGGAACUGAUGACUUAAAGCCACCCCCCUACAGUGAGUACGCACAGGCGGACGUUGUAGGUGACCCUCAGGCCAUUCUCAUCCCAGAAAGUUGUGACCCCAGCAGUGUCUGUGAUGCUCCGCCCCCAUACUCACCCACCCCUAACACAGGGGGCCCACUGCAGGAGGGAGGUGCUACCCAGGGAUCGCCGCCAGAGGAAGGCGCUCCAGCUUCCUCCCCAUGUCAUUGAACCCUCCCUGACCUAGAGGGAUUUAUUGGCCAACUGCCUGGGGAGUCCUUGCAGCGAAAACCCCAUGGCAGAUGUGUGCCAAAAAGUUCAGAAUGACUUCUACAUGUUGCCAUUGAUAUGUCAGGAAAAAGUAUUUAAAAAAA